AUGCUCGAUCCCACGCUGCCGCCGAGCUCGGCGGCAGGCGAGCCUGCGGCGACACCCAGCGCUCCCGCGGCACCGGUGCCUCAGCAGCGGUACGGCCUCAUUCUUAUGAACGGUAGCAGCUUGUCGACGGGCCCGCCGGCAACGGCAGCGGAAGCUCCGGGUGGCAAGCCGUCGUUCCGAGACCGUGUCCGUGCCCAUCGGACCACGACAGCAUCAACCACAGCGUCAAUCGGUGACCAGCAGUCGGACAGCAGCGGUGCGAGCUCCGGACGUGCACGCUACCUCGAGGCGACUCGGCCGGGCAUGAUGCGGCCCGGAAGUCUUGCCGCACCUCUGGCGCCUGCAGCUGCCCUCCCGCCCGCAGCCGCCCCCGCGCCCGUAGCUGCUCCCACGCCCGCGCCGACCGCACCCGCACCUAGGCCGCCGCUCACCGCGGCGGAGCGCAACAAGAUUGCGGCACGAAUUAUGCGGGCCAAGCUGAAGAAGGACUUUGCCACUGUUGCACAGCUCGAGGCCGAGCUCGCGCCGCCGGCGCAGACCAAGAUGCUGGUGAGCGUAAGCGCCAGCGGGGCGCGGCUUGGAGUCACCGACCAUAUCUCUGCUCGCGGCGACCGGAACAAUCCGAACAAGCUUAAGCGCAAGCUGGUGACCCAUGAUGCGGCUGGGCUGCGGACCCGGUUCCUCCGCGCCGACGAAGGCGCCGAGGAUCUGACGCCGCAGCAGCUGCUUGUCCGCGAGCGCGAGGCGGCCAAGCUUCAGGGCAUGGCUGACGUCGAUGCGGCCUUUAUCGAGAAUGUCAUGGCACAGGGCAAGCGGUAUAGCGGGGCGCUGGGUGGCGACGACGAGGACGACGAGUACGGGACCGGCGAGGCGUGGCGGAUGUGGGAGUCGCGCAAGGCGUCGCAGUCGUCAGAGAAGCAGGCCCGCAAGGCGCGGCAGGCCAUGGUCAACGCCACCCGCAAGCACGACGCCGCACUCGGCGCAUGCACGCUAUGCUUUGGCGCUGCAAAAAUGCGCAAGGCCGCCGUCAUCGCCACUGCCGAUCACAUGUACUUGGCGGCAGCAGCCGCGCCGCUCGUCGACGGUCACGUCCGCAUCGUGCCGCGGAACCACGAGGUGAGCUUCCGCAACACCGAAGCCGCCGCUUUUGCCGAGGCCGAAGCCUUUAUGCGCGCCCUCACCGCAUACCACGCCGCCGCCGGCCGCGACGUCGUCUUUGUGGAGGUCGCUCUCCAGUUGGAUGCCCUCGUCCACACAGCCAUCGACGCCGUGCCGCUUUCGCGCGACGAUGGCGCACUCGCGCCGAUGUUCUUCCGCAAGGCACUGAGCGAGUGCGAUACCAUGUGGACCUCGCAUGAGCGGGUCAUCGACGUCAUCGCCCGCGGCGGCCUCCAAAAGUCUGUCCCGCAAGGCUUCCCUUACAUCUUUGUCCAGUUUGGCACCAGCCCCGCUAUGGCCCACGCCGUCGAGGAUCAGUCGCUCUUCCAACGCUCGUUCGGCCUCGAGAUCCUCGCCGGCAUGCUCGACCUCCCGCCGACGGCCUGGAAGCGCCCGCACCCACGCCACCCGCUGCCAUCGCAGCAGCUGCUAGCGAUCCCGAGGCGGCGGGUGCGGCUCAAUGACACGGAGGCCAACAGCGCCGAGGGCUUUGCAGACAACGUGGUGGUGACCUCAAAGUACACCAUCCUCACCUUUUUGCCGCGCAACUUGUAUGCCCAGUUCCAUCGUGUGGCCAACAUCUACUUUCUGCUCAUUGCCUGCCUCCAGCAAAUCCCCGGCAUCUCGCCGCUCGGCCGCGGGACGACGGCCAUGACCCUAGCUGUCGUCCUCGCUUUUACCGCUCUCAAGGAGGCACUGGAAGACAUCCGCCGCCACCGCAAUGACCGGGCGGUCAACGCGACCCCGGUCUCGGUGGUGCUUGAUGGCGAGCUGGUGACUGUCCGCUGGCGCGAUGUCCGCGUCGGGGAUGUUCUGCAUGUUCGCAACGGCGAGUUUCUGCCGGCGGACCUUCUCGUCCUCUCUUCGUCUGAGCCGCAGGGCAUGUGCUACGUUGAGACGUCGAACCUCGACGGUGAGUCGAACCUCAAGAUCCGCAAAGCACCCGAGUCGUCAGUCCACGCCGUGACGCCGGCAAGUGUCUCGGCGCUGCGCGGCCUGCUCGAAUGCGACCCGCCCAACGCCGACAUGUACCGCUUUGACGGCUCGCUCAUUAUGAGUAACCCGAGCAAUGGCACCGCGCAGCUGUCGAUGAAGCAGGUUCUCCUUCGCGGUGCACAGCUACGAAACACCAAGUGGGUCUUUGGACUUGCGGUCUACACUGGCAAGGACACUAAGAUCGCAAAGUCGUCCAACAAGGUCCCGACCAAGCGGUCGUCGGUCGAGAAGUUCACCAACACCCUCAUCAUCCUCAUUUUUCUUGCCCAGCUUCUGCUCUGCUUCAUUUGUGCUCUCGGCAAUGGUAUGUGGCUGGCCAAGCACUCGGGAAGCCACACGUAUUUGCAGGCGCAGGGCCUCUCGGCAUCGUCGUCGGGUGCGCUCUCGUUCCUUACCUUUCUCAUCCUCUUCUCCAACCUCAUUCCCAUCUCGCUCUACGUCUCGAUGGAAACGGUCAAGUUUGGCCAGUCGAUUUUCAUCAACUGGGACAUCCACAUGUACCACGCCGAGCUCGACGCACCAGCCAUUGCGAGAACGUCGAAUCUCAACGAGGAGCUCGGUCAGGUCAAGUACAUCUUCUCUGACAAGACUGGAACGCUGACCCGCAACUCGAUGGACUUUAAGAAGAUGACGGUCGGCGGCAUUGCUUACGGUGACGGCACGCUCUCGAUCAUGGUCCACACACCGCGGUCGUACGCGUCGAACAAGGUCAACGAGCUCGAAUCCAAACUCCGCCGCGCCAACACUGCAGAUUUUUCCCACGAGAUCUCGUCUGACGUCUUGGAAAACCUCGGGGCGUCCACAGUCCUGCCGUCGUCGUCGGCAGCGGUCAGCGACGCUGCCGGAGUCGGCGGGCAUGAACAGGAGGAACAGGAGGAGGGUGGCAAGUCCAAGUCCAAGUCCAAGGCCAAGUCCAAGGCCAAGUCCAAGUCCAAGUCCAAGGCCGCUAGCGGUGAAUCGUCGUCAUUGUCAUCGUCGUCAUACGAGUACACUUACUCGGUCACGUACGAGUACGAGUACUCGGAUGGGUCGCCGGCUACCAAGGGAGGCAUGCGUCCGAAAGCGCACGCAGGAGCGAUGGCCGAAGGCGUGCCGUCAAUCACACUUGCGGCGCCUGUGAUGCGGGAGUCUUUGGCGUCGAUUCCGCUGGCGCGAGGGGAGACGGUCCCGCACUGCUGCUUUGAGGACGACGGGCGGGUGAUGCGUGAUUUAGGAGAUCCGACCAAGCGCGAGACGCUCUUGCGGUUUUUCACGCUCCUCGCCGUCUGCCACACAGUCAUUCCCGAAGUGGUAGAGGACAAGGAUGGGACAGAGUCGAUCCUGUACCAGGCAGCAUCGCCCGACGAGGGCGCGCUGGUCAACGCAGCCAAGUACUUUGGCUUUGAGUUCCACACGCGGACGCCGACGAGCAUCACGCUCGAAGUCCUAGGCCACGACCAGGUCUUUGACGUGUUGUACGUCAACGAGUUCUCGUCGGCACGCAAGCGCAUGUCUGUCGUCGUCCGCCUCCCCGACGGACAGGUCAAGGUCAUGGUCAAGGGAGCAGACGUGGCGAUGCUCCCGCUGCUCGACGCCGAGCUGGAAAUCAACCGCAAGCUCUUGCGUCCGACCGAUAUGCACCUCAACGUAUUUGCCCACGAGGCGCUGCGGACGCUGGUCAUGGCCGAGCGGGUGAUGACCGAGGCCGAGCUGGCGACAUUUGCCACGGCGUACGCCAAGUCGGAGCGGGGAACGCCGCUUGAGCGGAAGCGAGCCGCUGUGGCGGCAGCUGAGCUCGUGGAGCGCGAUCUGGAGCUGCUCGGCGCCACUGCCAUUGAGGACAAGCUGCAGGACGGAGUGCCCGAGGCCAUUGCUUCGCUCCGCAAGGCUGGCAUCCACGUCUGGGUCCUCACCGGCGACAAGCAAGAGACGGCAAUCAUGAUCGGGUACUCGUGCUCGCUCCUCGACGCCAACAUGGAAGUGGUCAUUCCGUCGCCGACCGACCCGAAUGUUGAGGAGAACGAUGACGACCGCGACGAGAUGCUUCUCUCUGGGCGGGAUCCGGUGUCGGUGGCGCAGCGGAAGCAGUGGCUCCGCAUCUCGCUGCAGCGCAUUCUGCGCUCGAUGGAGGCACAGAUCGAGCCUGUUGAGCACGCGUGCGCACCGCGCGAGGUAAGCGGCGACGGAUCGGCGAGCAGCACCAACGCUGGCACUAGCGCUGGCGCUGGUGACAGCAACAUUGACGCCGAGCUCAAGGAGCUUCUGCUGUCUGUGACCAAGCGUUGCAAGUCGGUCAUCGGGUGCCGUGUCUCGCCGGCGCAAAAGGCACAGGUUGUGGCGUUUGUGCAGUCGGCGCUCGACCAGGGUGUGGUGACGCUCGCCAUUGGCGACGGCGCCAACGACGUGGAGAUGAUCAAGGAGGCGCACCUUGGGGUGGGCAUUUCCGGCGAGGAGGGCCAGCAGGCGGCCAUGACGGCCGACUACGCUAUUGCGCAGUUCCGGUUCCUUCGGCAGCUGCUGCUUGUCCACGGCUUUUGGUGCUAUGACCGCAUUGCCAAGCUCAUCAUGUACUCGUUCUACAAGAACAUUGCGCUCUCACUUGUUCCGUUCUGGUUUGUCUUUGCCUCGGGCUACUCGGGCCAGACGUUUGUGGAAAAGUGGACGUUCUCGCUGUACAACGUCAUCUUCACCGCGCUGCCCAUCCUCAUUGUGGGCAUUUUCGACCAGUCUGUCCCGCGCCGACGACUGCUGGCCCACCCGGAGUUAUAUCGGACUGGGCCUGCUAAUCGGUUCUUCAACUUGCGAGUUUUCCUCGGGUGGAUGCUCUCGUCGUUGUACCACUCGCUCAUGUUCUACUUUUUCGUGCAGGGCAUGCUCGCGCACAACGUGCUCCACAGCGACGGGCAGACAUCGGGCCUCUUUGUCAACGGUAUUUUCAUUUACUCUGUGGUGGUGGUCACGGUCAACUCCAAGAUAGCGCUCGAGACCAGCUCGUGGACCAUCCUCAACUUUGCCGCCAUCUUUCUCUCUGUCGCUGGCCUCUUUCUAUGGAUCACGGUGUACUCGUUCAUUGUGCCGCCGACCGACGCGCUGGACAUGCUCGGUGUGGGGCCGCAGGCAUACACCUCGCCAGCCUUUUGGUUCAUUCUCGUUCUUGCACCGCUCUCAGCGCUCCUGCCAGACGUGCUGUACAUGUACAUCCGGCGGACGUUCUUUCCGGAGGCCUUUGACAUUGUGCGCGAGCUCGACAAGUACUUUCGCCUCACCGCCGUUGUCGCGCGCACCCUUGCCCUUGUCCACCACACCGCCGCCGUCGCCUUUUCGUUCUGGCCAGACAAGGCGCGGCGGUCGGCGUACGCUUACGACCCCGCCCCGCCCGAGCACCACCGGGUCAUCCUCGCCACAGAGUACCCGCCGUCGGGCCGGAACAGGCAUGUUGGCCAGGCCGCUGCCACCGCGGCGCCCCCGUCACAAACCGACGGCGACUCGACGCCGGGCCUCCUGGGCGGUGCUAUGGCUCGCGAGCAGCUGGUCAUCCACAACUCGCGCGAGCGGCUUCACGAUUGCCCCGAUACCGUGGUCUUCCACCACAGCGCCGCAACGUCGAGCGCGCGUUCGCUCGGCUCGGCGAGUCAUUAG